AUGCUGAGGCGCGGUAGCACCUUUCACGAGUUCCCGAUCCAAAAAGACAAUGACCGAAUACGGUACGCCAUACUGGCUAGCAUGGCCGAAGCCCUAGUGAAUGCUUUCAACUGGCGGCUAGAGCUCGGCCUCCGGCGAGGAAAUUCCAUGGAUGACUCUCAGCUCGGAGAAAACUUCUUGAAGGAAGAGCCACCGCCAUGGGCAUUAGUCGGACCUCUUGCUGAGCCGUUAAUCCUUACGAGAUCGCAGACAGAGAGUACACUGCAUGAAGCAUUCGCGAGAAGGAACAUCCAAGCUUCCAUGGGUUACCUCUACACUGUUUAA